AUGGCUGACACGGCGAUGAGCGAACAAUCGGAAAGGACGCCGUGCUCGAACGAGGAGCGACAACGAAUCGAAUGCCAGACUCGCAUGGAAACACAAGAUCGGUUCGGAUACUGGUCCCUCUAUCGGUAUGCUGGUUCAGUCGAGAUUGCAGGAAUGGUUCUUUGUACCAUUUCUGCGAUAGGCGCGGGCGUGGUGACGCCUCUCAUGACGAUUGUAUUUGGCAAUCUAUCAAGUUCCUUUGUGGGGAUGGAGAGCCAGUCAUUUGAGUCGGCCGAAUAUCAGCAUCUCCUCCGACGCUAUACGCUAUACUUUGUAUACCUCGGCAUUGGCUCUCUGGCAACAGUAACUGCCAGUGUUUUUGGAUUUGGCUACCUUGGCUUUCGUCUAUCUUGUAAGAUACGCAGAGCCUAUUUCGCCAGCCUCCUCCGACAGAACAUCGCCUUCUAUGACCACACUGGCGCCGGUGAACUCGCUGCACGCAUGACCGUGAACAUCAACGCUAUCCAGGACGGCCUAUCCGAAAAGGUUGGCCUCACGAUAACUGGUCUGGCAACAUUUGUUACUGCCUUGAUCAUUGCCUUCGUGCGGUCCUGGCGACUCGCCUUGAUCCUGCUCUCGGUCGUCGCCGCCAUCAUACUCACCAUGGGAGGUGUCGGCAAAGUGAUGAAGCGCUUCCAGGCCCAAGCGCUGGAGACGUCUUCGGCCGGUAGCACGAUUGCACAGGAAGCCAUGUCCUCGAUGCGUAUAAUUAGUGCGCUGGGUGCCCAGUCUCACUUCGAGAAAAAGUUCACUUCAAGUAUGGCUGCCAGUGACCAAUUCGAGAUAAAGUGGCGGGCGACGCUGGGAGUACUCAUCGCCUUGAUGAUGUUCAUAAUGGUAACUCAGUAUGCACUCGCAUUCUGGAAGGGCUAUCAGUUCCUCGAGAACGGCGAAACUACUAUCUCCCGGCUCCUUACCACGAUCAUGGCCUCUAUGAUUGCCGGUGUCUCAUUUGGCCAUAUUGCGCCACAUAUGGGCAGCUUUGGUGCCGCUGCGGAGGCCAGCAACAAGGUCUUCAGCCUGAUCGAUCGCGAGUCACCCAUUGACCCGGGCUCGAUGGAGGGUCAACAGCUGUCCCACAUCGAGGGGACUAUCACCUUCGAGGACGUUACACAUUGGUAUCCCGCUAAUCUCGAGGGACCGGCAGUGUUGAACCGCUUCUCAUUGAACAUCCCGGCAGGCAAAACUACCGCCGUGAUCGGGGCAUCUGGAUCAGGAAAGUCCACCUUAGUCGCACUCUUGAUGCGAUUCUACCUACCAGCCAAGGGCUCCAUCCUGGUGGAUGGGCAUGAUAUAGAGCAGUUAAAUGUGCGAUGGUGGCGACAACAGGUUGCCCUUGUCAGCCAAGAGCCAGUGCUAUUCAACGCCACGAUUUUCGACAACAUUGCAUACGGUAUGAAAGGUGCUGAACCCAAGAAAUUGGACCAUGGAUCACGACAGCAACAGGUGACCGAGGCUUCCAUCGCAGCCAAUGCCCAUGAUUUUAUCUGCCGUCUUCCCCAAGGCUACGACACCAUGGUUGGAGAGGGCGGCGCACUGCUGUCUGGCGGACAGAAGCAGCGAAUCGCGAUUGCGCGUGCUCUGGUAUCCAACCCUCGCAUCCUGCUUCUGGACGAGGCCACUGCAGCACUGGACAGUCUUUCAGAGCUGUCGGUGCAGUCUGCCUUAGACACUGCGUCUCACGGCCGUACAACCAUCGUCAUUGCCCAUCGAUUGUCCACCAUCCAGAAGGCUGAUAACAUCGUCGUGAUGGCGGCUGGGCAGAUCGUUGAGCAAGGUUCACACGAGGAGUUACUCAGCCAGAGUGGCAUGUACUUCUCCAUGGUUCAGGCCCAGGGGUUGCAGGAAACCCGGGAUCAAGAGCGCGCUGGAUCAGAUCGGGUGUCUGUCUCAUUAUCCGGGGUAAAGGAUAAUCUAGAGGUUGAUGGAUCACGAUCGUCCGUUCACGAAAUUCCGUCCAGCAUUAACAUGAACGAAGCUAUCCAUGACACCAACAAUAAUCAAGUCGGGGGACCUCAGGGCUUGCUGUCUUUCAUUUGGAGUAUGGGCAUGCCGGAACUCUGUAUCACCCUGGGUGGCUUUGUGAGCGCCGCAUUCGCUGGCUGCGUGUACCCAGUCCUCGGCAUCAUGUUUGGAAACGUGGUAUUUGCGUUGACGCCGACCAGUCGGGGCAGUAGUUCCUUAUCGGUGAAUUUUUGGGCUGGUAUGCUUUUCAUGCUUGGCAUUCUGGCGCUUGUCUUCUACUUGGUUCAGGGUGUGGCAUUCGCCAUCACGGCCGCGCGGCUGAUCCGUCGCAGUCGAAGUCGCGCCUUCGCCGCAGUGCUCCGACAAGAUAUUUCCUUCUUCGACAGGAAUGAAGAGACAUCGGGUGCAUUGGUAUCGUUCGUGACCACAGACAUUCAGGCCAUAGCAGGAAUCAGCGGCGCGACGCAGGGCGCGGUCGUGAACUUCGUGUUCACUCUGAUUGCAUCGAUCGUCAUUGCCUGCUCGUUCGGCUGGAAACUCGCUAUUGUUUGCAUCUCGACCAUGCCAUUGCUUCUCUUCUGCGGAUUUCUCCGGACAUGGAUUCUGACCCGGCUGGAACGUCGUACCCGUCAAAGUACCGCAGCAUCAGCCCUCGCCUGCGAGGCUAUCAACGCGAUCCGGACGGUAGCCGCCCUAGCGCGAGAAGAGGCCUUGUCACAGUCAUAUGAUGAAACCCUCGUUAGGCAAGGACCGAAAUCUCUUCGUGAUCUGCUGCAAUCGUCCUUCCUAUACGCGCUCUCACAAUCGCUUUCGCUAUUCGCCAUGGGCUUGGCUUUCUGGUACGGCGGGACUUUGAUCGCACAUGGGGAGUAUACGGUGAAACAAUUCUUCAUUUGCUUUGUAUCCGUCAUCUGGGGCUCGCAAGCAGCUGCAGGGAUUUUCUCCUUUGCUAAUGAAAUUGGAAGUGCGCGACAGGCCACAGAGCGGCUGCAGGAUCUGUUGUCUCGAACGCCAUCUAUCGACUCCUGGUCGCCGGUCGGGCUGCAAGAUGAUAUCCAUGGCGACAUUCAGCUGCGCGACGUUUAUUUCCGGUACCCAGGACGCCCAGAGCUGUCUAUACUGCGAGGAGUGACCUUGAAGGCAAAGCGUGGCCAAUUCGUUGCUGUAGUAGGUGCGAGCGGCAGUGGGAAGAGUUCGAUAUUUGCUCUUCUGGAGCGAUUUUACGAUCCAAACUCCGGAUCUGUGGAAGUGGACGGCCGUCCAGGAUCGCAGUAUCAUCUCCAACACUAUCGCCGACAAAUUGGCCUGGUUAGCCAAGAAACUGUGCUCUUUUCUGGGACCAUCUGGGACAACAUUGUGGCUGGACUGGACAAUGUCCUCCGAGACGAGGUGAUUCAGGCUUGUAAAGAUGCAAAAAUCUACGAUUUCAUUAUUUCUCUUUCAGAAGACUUCUCGACAUUCGUUGGCACUAAGGGCUUCCUGCUUUCCGGUGGCCAGAGGCAACGACUUGCCAUAGCUCGAGCACUGCUGCGACGGCCUAAAAUCCUAUGCCAUAUCAGAUUGCUAGACGAAGCAACUUCUGCAUUGGACUCGGAAACGGAGCUUGCGGUGCAAGUGGCAAUUAACCGCGCUGCUCAUGGUCGUACAACAAUUGCCAUCGCGCAUCGCCUCAGUACCAUUCAACAUGCGGACUGGAUCUACGUCAUGGAUGCCGGACGAGUGGUGGAACAAGGUACCCAUACGGACCUUAUGAGGAUCGGCGGAAGAUAUUGGCAUCUAGCCCAGGCGACAGUCACGUCUUCGUAA